CCAUGCAGAAAUUGGUAUCAACAACAAAACUGUGACCGCAGCAAAUGAUUAUAAAAGAUGGCUGCGCCCAUGUGGAAAAGUGCGCUGGACGAUUAUGUCAAAACUGAAAUUGAUUCCAUGGCUCCCGAUGUUGUUAAAUUGCUCACAGAUAACACUAUAUCUUUACUGGAGCUGAUAGAAGGGCUGGGGAAGUACUUAAUCAGUGAGGAGACAUCUGAGCGAGGCAGGGUGGUCAAACUUCUGGCAGAAAUCCUUCAUCUCAUUCCCACAGACAAACUGAACGCCACAGAAAACGAGCUCCUGGUAGCCUACCUGUGUGACAGACUGAAGGACCACCAUUCUAUACAGCCUCCCUCACUGCAUGGGCUGCUGGCACUGUGCCAUUCAAAGAACUUACCAGAAGGAUGUCCUGAGAAGAUUUGCCGGUCCAUAUUUAGUGAGGUUCAGACACAGACACUGUCCCAGGGGGACAGACGAAUAGCAUAUAACAUUUUCUCUGUCCUCCUCACCACCAGUCUUCCAGAGCUACAGAAGAUAGGCAGUGACUUCGUUCUGGGCUAUAUACAGGCCAUGGAUGCUGAAAAGGAUCCACGCAACUUAGUGAUAGCCUUUCACUGUGCUACUACUAUUAUCCGUAACUUCCAGUUGGGGGUGUUUGUGGAGGAGAUGUUUGAAGUGGUAUCCUGUUACUUUCCAGUGGACUUCACUCCACCGCCUGGUGACCCCAAUGGAGUUACUAAGGAAGACCUCAUCCUUGGUCUGCGCGGCUGUUUGGCCGCUAGCGGGCAGUUUGGUCAGUACUGUUGUCCACUACUUUUGGAAAAACUGUCUUCUGAUGUGACCAGUGCUAAAGUGGACUCACUUAGGACUUUGGAAGCAGCAGCUAAGGUGUAUGGGUCUAAAUGUUUGCUGGAGUAUAGGACGUCAUUGUUUGGUUGUAUCAAACGAGAGGUGUUUGGAUCUGGAGAUGAGGAGCUCGAGGCUGCAGCUCUUUUGGCUCUCACUGCCAUGACAACCACCUUCUCACAGGAAACUAUCAUCACAGACAGUCAGACAUGUGCUGAGGAAUUUGUGUCAGAGAUCUGGAAUGAAUGUAGCCGUUACCUAGGCGAUGAUGAUUUACGCCUAAUGGUCCCCACGUGUCGUCUCCUCUGUGCUGUGGCAGCAGGAUCAGAGGUCACUUGCUGUAAAGUUCUGUCCCUGGUGGUGACACGUCUAGUCCAGAUAUUCUACAGCCAUCCACAGGCAUCGGACAGAAAAGCUGUCAUGGAGUCAAUACACAGUUUUCUCCGAGUCACGAGACAGAUUCGCUCUGAAAAAGUAAAGAAGUCUAUAAGUGAAUUCCAGAACUCAGUUUAUGCUGUAGUCAUGUCUGCCAUAUCUGAGAGUAAUGUCCAGUUGAGAGUAGCCGCUGUCCAGUGUCUGGACACCUUUCUACAGCUACCAUUGACCUUGGCUGUAACUGACCCUCCUGUAAUGGCUAAAGUACUGGUGGACAGGGCAUUCACAGAUGAGGACAAAGAUGUCCGUUUCAGCUGCUGUAGUGUCCUUUCCACCAUGGCUAAAACUGAUGCAGCAACUCUGAAAUCUGUGGUAUUGCCUUGUCUACUGGAGAAACUGAGAACAAAACCAAUGGAUGUUGAUGGCUCCGAUCCUGAACAACAUCACAUGGUAUUUACCGCACUGGCAGCCAUUUCUGUCACCACGGAGAUCCUGAGCUUAGUUGUCAAGGAGCUUGUCAGCUACCUGUCCUGUCUGGCACAGAUGUCCACUGGGGAGCCAGACGUCCAGUCUGUGGCCAGCUGUUUAUCGGUCAUCACUACAUCUGCUGUAUCACGACCAGACAUGCUGACUGUCCUUUACAGUCACACCCUGCCGGAACUCUUCAGUCUUCUUGUAUCCAUGGCAACAGAUUCUAGCCAUCACAAUAGCUGUGUGCACAAUGAAGAUGUCCUACAGCAUCUAACCACCUGUGUUCGUCAGAUUGUUGUACAUUUAAAUGAAAAGAGAUUGACAGAGUUGUGCAGGUGUCUGACACAGCUAUAUCUACACAACGAGACAGCAUACCUUUCCUGUACACCCUCCACACCUUUCUAUCCACUACAGACUUCAUCACCAUGGCAACAGACAGAAUUGAUAACCCUAGCAUCCCCUGUGAUAUGUUCCUGUCCUGUUGAGGUUCUGGAGUCCAGUCUGUCCGAUUACAGCCAGCAGUUGUGGUCACUUUCCCUCCAGUCAGACCAUAAACUAACCAGGAGAACUGCUGCUAAAUGUUUGGCUGGACUCAUCAACAGGUGGCCCACUGGUGAAAGUCUACUGAAUUUUUUACAGUCAUCAAUUGACACAAUAAAUAGUGUUCUGGGAAGUGACACUGUGGAAGGUAGAAAAAGAGCUGCACUGAAUCAGCUGAUCUGGUUCACAAAGGCUCUUGCCAUGAGAGGCCAUAGCAAAGCUAAGGAUUUUAUCUCAAUGCUCACAAAUCUAUUGGAUGACCAGUCCAUUGGAGAACUGGCUGCUACUGGGUUCGAGAUCAUUCUAGGGGAUUUCCCUGAUGUACUCUCCAAGCCUCUUGGUGCUAACAUACGGAUAAUGUACAAACAGAGGAUAUUUGUGGAAAAUGUCGGGAGACUAAAAGAGGGGUUCGCCAGCUCCCCUCCUGCCACAAAGAAGAACUACCUGAUCUGUUUAUCACACAUGCUGAAAAUUCUCCCCAAACAAGUGCUGCUCAGUGAACUGCCACCAUUAUUCCCCCUGAUGGUACACUCUUUGUUGUGUGAUGACCUUGACCUUCAACUGUCCACCAUGACGAUAUUAUGUGACCUUACCCAUGAUGCACCUGAUGUGAUAUCUAAGCAUGUAGACACUCUUGUACCACAGUUACUCCAGCUGUGUACACAUCCGUCCUCAAUGAAAAUCCGGAUAAAGGCCUUGCGAUGUAUAAGUGCGCUGUGUGUUCUGCCUGUCCACCUACUGUUGCCAUACAAAACCAGAGUGGUGCGAAGUCUAGAGCCGGUCCUUGAUGAUAGGAAGCGCCUGGUGAGGAGGGAGGCUGUCACAGCACGCUCCGAGUGGUGUUUGAUUGGAGAUCCAAGUUAGUGGUUCAGAGGAAGCAGUUAAUGAUCACACCUUGUCCAUACGCAAACAGAAUCUCAGAAAAGCUGUAAUAAUCAACUGAUGCUUUCUUCACAAGAGUAGACAUUCAGUCAUUAGGUUGAUAGUCUAUAGGUCAAGAUUUUCCUGAGCACUGUAAAACUACAGCUGGUAUCAAAGAUAUGUUAGGUCAAAAAUGUAUCCUGUGGACUUAUAGACUCGUCACCUACCUUGAGGGUAUGACAGAGAAAUCUCCAACCCCUGGGAUGAUAUUUUCGAAUGUCUUGCCCUCUGGCUCAAGGGAAAGACAUUAGCAAACUCAAAGUUGACUUCCACGGUCUGCUACUGUUGCUGUGACGUCAAAUUAUAACUCUGAUACUCAGAACAAGUUAUAUUACUGAUAUAAUAUGUAAUUGUAAAGUGAAAACAUGUCGCACCCAAUUUCUGUGCACCUUGUCCUAAUGACAUACAGAAAUAAUCCCAUUUCUUAAAAAACAUACCAAAUUAAGCUUGUGUAUUCUUAUACCCUGUCUGUUCCAACAGUUUGUUGUAUCCUACAGGGUAUCAGAUUAGGCAGGUUUCACUGUAUAUAUUUCAAUAUCUAUUCAAAUUGGAUUUUUUUUUUUACUAUAAGUUCAACAAUGAAAUAGGAUGGGAAUGUUACUAACAACUCCCUGAUCAAGCGUUGUUAUUUUUCGGGUCAAUCAGAAAUCCAAUAUGGCCACCAAGGCUGCCAUUUCGAAAAACUAUUUCAAACU